AUGAGUGUGACCGACAAAUUGAAAGAGGGCGGCAGACAAAUCACAGCUGGCGGGUCCGCAGGGCUCGUCGAAGUAUGUCUUAUGUACCCAUUGGAUGUUAUAAAGACCCGUCUUCAAUUGGGACAACAAGACAAGGGAAUGAUGGAUUGUGUGGUGAAGACACUGAAAAAUGAGGGAAUUGGUGGAUUCUAUAAGGGUAUCCUUCCACCAAUUCUUGCGGAAACUCCAAAAAGAGCAACCAAGUUCUUUACCUUUGAGCAGUACAAAAUCGCUUUCACACACUCUGAAAUUCCCAUGCCAGUGACGAUGUCAUUUGCCGGACUCUUUUCGGGACUCACCGAGGCCAUUGUUAUCUGUCCAUUCGAGGUGGUAAAAGUGAGACUGCAAGCAGACAGGAAAUCAAGCGUCAAAGAGCAAAGAUCCACGGCGGCAAUGGCUAGGGAAAUCUAUAAAACGGAAGGGUUCGGAACCAGUGGUCUCUACCGCGGACUGGGAGCUACUCUUGGCAGACAUGGUGCUUGGAAUAUGGUCUACUUUGGUCUCUACCACAGUUGCAAAGAAAUCAUUCCGGAUGCAAAACAAAACCCAUCAGCAAAUCUGAUUGGACGAAUUGCAUUAGGAUUCACCGCCGGAUCUCUGCAUCUGUUUUCAACAUUCCAUUCGACGUGGCCAAAAGUAGAAUUCAAGGACCACAACCUGAUCCGUUGUCGAGAAAGUAUAGCGGAACUUUGCAAACCAUUUCACUGGUGUACAAGGAAGAAGGGACUCCUCCCAAAAGUGAUGAGACUUGGCCCUGGAGGAGCUGUCAUGCUCAUUGUCUACGAUGAAGUGUACGCUUGGCUCAAGAAGAAUACUUAA